AUGGGUAAAAAAGUAAAGAAGGAAGUAGAGCCUCCACCCAAGGAUGACUAUGCUCCUUUAUUCAUUGAAAGCAAAACAGCAGCAACAGUUGUGCUAAUGCUUAGUUCUCCUGAAGAGAAAGUUUUGGCCGCAGCAUGUGAGGCUCUAUAUACAUUUGCAUCAAAAGGUGAUGAAAACAAAGUGACACUUCUUGGCCUUGGAGCAGUGGAACAUCUGCAUAAACUCAUCUCACAUGAAAAUCUCUUUGUACGCAGAAAUGCCAUCAUGGUAUUUGGCAUCAUGGCUUCAAAUAAUGAUGUCAAGAAGGUACUGAGGGAGCUGGAUGUUACAAGUACACUUAUAUCACAGUUGGCAGCAGAAGAUGUAGUUAUCCAUGAAUUUGCUACUCUGUGUCUAGCACAAAUGGCUGUUGAAUAUACUACUAAAGUACAAAUAUUUGAGCAAGGUGGAUUAGAGCCACUUAUCAAACUGCUAGGCAGUCCUGAUCCUGACGUUAAGAAGAAUUCAGUUGAAUGUAUCUACCUCCUGAUGCAGGAUUUUGAAAGCUGUUCUGCAGUUCAUGCACCGAAUGUAAUCCCACCCUUGCUGGAACUACUGAAAUCUGAAUAUCCAGUUAUUCAGUCCUUAGCCCUUAAAACCUUAGAAGUAAUUAGCAGAGAUGGAGAAAACAGAAAAAUACUGCAAGAAAAUAAAGGAUUAGAUUAUCUUAUGAAGAUCCUGGAAAGCAAUGAAUCCAGCGAUGUACAAGUGGAAGCUCUUUCCGUGUUGGGAAAUUGUCUGGAAGAUGUGCAUACUUUGCAACUGAUUCAGGAGACAGGAGGCCUUAAAAAGCUACUUGAAUUUACAGGAGCCUCUUCUUAUCCUGAUAUUCAGGAGAAGGCAGCAAAGGCAAUUACCAAAGCAGCUUAUGACUCUGAAAAUAGAAAAAUCUUAAAUGAGGAGGAGGUUGAGAAGUAUCUCGUAAACCUUUUGGAAAUUGAUAACGAUGGAGUUAAAGUUGCUGCUUCCCAAGCUGUUUCUGCCAUGAGUGAGAAUUCAGCUAGCAAACGUGCGUUUGGACCCCAGGGGAUUCCCCAGCUAGUACAGUUACUAAACAGUGACAAUGAAGAGGUAAAAGAAGCUGCAGUAACAGCAUUAGCUAAUUUGACAGCAGCCAGUCCUAGUAAUGCAAGCGCUUUUCUUGAGGCGGAAGGAAUUGAGCCAUUAGUGAAUACCUUGAGUGCUCAGAGAGAUGGAACCAUUGCUAGUGCUGCCACGGUGCUCACAAACCUGGCCGAGCAAGUGUCGCUGUGCGUGAACAUCCGGAGCCAGGGUAUCCUGAGGGCACUUGCAGAGCCCUUGCGCUCCACCAACAGCCAAGUGCAAAGCAAAGCAGCCUUUGCUGUGGCUGUGUUUGGUUGUGAUGCUGAGGCAAGAGCAGAGUUAAGAAAUGCAGGUGGACUGCGACCACUCGUUGCAUUGCUGAGCUCCAAGGAUGAAGAAGUCAGAAGAAAUGCCUGCCGGGCUAUUACAGUCUGUGCAAGUGAUGAGCAAACUGCUGUUCAACUAUGCAGGCUAGGUGCUUUAGACAUCCUAGAAGAAAUGAAUCUAUCAACAGGGCGCAAAAAUAACUUCAGUGAAGCUGCUCUGGGAAAGCUACUUGAUAACAAUCUUUCCCAAAAAUACAGCCAGAUAGGGUAUUUAUCAUCAAGUAACAUCAUUACUGAUGGAUUCUAUGAUUGUGGUCAGCUAAAACCUGGAGUGAAAAUUUUAUCUUUGGAGGAACUGAGUAUGCAAGAUCUUACUGACCGUCGGGCCAUAAUCCUCAUUAAUGCUAAACGACAAGAUCUUGCAGUACAGGAGAAUGCACAAGAUUCAUCUAACGAACUGACCGUCUUGUCACCUUCUGUUUCAAGAAAAGGCAGUAGAAGAAAAAGAAGUUCAGUGGUAUCUCUGGUGGACGAAAAGCAGGAGUUAUCUGGACACAGGUCUUCACUGAGCAAAAGAAGCCCUAGAGAAAAAGCCUUAAGAAAAAGGAAGGAGACAAAAGAAGAGGAAAAAAUCAAAGAAGUUGCUGAGAUUAUAUCCCAAAUGGAGGACGAAAUAAAGCUAGAAGAUUCACAGUGGCUACCCCCACCUGACUUAAUUUUAAUGGAUUACAUUAAUGAUGCUUUUGAAACAAUUCUGCCACUAACUACUACCCGGGAGAAGAUUGUGGCUCUUGCACAGUUUGUUGCAGACAAGAUGGGUGGUCCGAUUGAAAGAGACAAACUACAUGACUUCAACUGGCAACUUCACAUAAGUGAAAUAGAAUUUGAAUUGAAAUGCAACGUUGUGCCUAUUGGAAAAAUCAAAAAAGGGACAUUCUGCCACAGGGCUUUGCUUUUCAAGGCGAUAGCAGACAGAAUUGGCAUUCCCUGUAGUUUAGUUCGUGGAGAGUAUAACAGAGCUUGGAAUGAAGUGAAAUUGGUUGGUGACGCUCCUCAAGGAAUAGCUGCGCUUCUGCUUCCUCCUCAAGAGUAUAUUGUAGAUUUAAUGUUUGAGCCAGGCUCUUUGAUAAAACAGGGAAGUGCACAGGCAGAUCAGUACAAACAAAUGUAUUAA